GGCGGUUGGUGGGCGGCAGGCGUGUGCGGCUUCGGAGCGGCAUCCGGACAGGCGGCCGACGCUGGCAUGUGAGCGGCAGCCGACGCCAGCAGACGCACGCUAUCUGCCAGCCCAUCCGACGGACGUCCGGGCGCAGAAGCAAGCCCGGCUCCUUGGCGAACAUUUCGGUAUUCGCGCACCGUCUCUUCCUAGUGCGCUGGUGCUAGAUGAACAUGGCUGUGUUGAAAUCCGUGGCAAUAGCUACAGUGACUCUACUGUUGGCGGCUCAGCAGUGCGUCGCCUACAAGUGUUACGUCUGCAGCUGGUCGCCGACGUCACACAACCGCACCGACAUCUGCACCCGGGCCAACUUCAACAAGGACGCCGUGAAGACGUUCGGUGGCUGCCCUCACGGCUGCGAGGUCGUCUCGGCGUACGACACGAACGGUGAGCUGGAGAACUUCUACCGCAACUGUGUUGUCAAAGGGAAGAAGGUCACCAACGACUGUCGAGAGGAGACCAACGCGGCGGUCCGCAAAACCGUCUGCCGGUGCGACUCUGACCUCUGCAACGACGCGGGGACGUCGACUCCGACGCUCCUCGGAGUCCUGGCGGCGGCAAUUUUAACUGUCAGUCUGGCCUUGCGAGGGUAGACGGCGCUACCGUCGCCGUUCGUAAGACGCCUGUAGGGUUGGCGCGGCGUGCUGAUGACCCAGCGAGGAGUGAGGAGCACUCGGCUGCCAUGCCUGCUGAAUGUUCGCUGGUCCGGUCGGUAGAAGAUGCGUCGGACGGAGUGCUUGCAAUGCCUGCAGCCUUGGCGGUGCUAGGCUCGAGAGCUGGAGCCUGGAGUGUAGUGCGGGGCGGUCCGCUAACGGCCAACGCCCAUCACGCCCUGCGGGGGCGGAGCAGGCAGAGCGCGGCAGCGGCAGCGGCGGCGCCGUGGACGGCGCUUGGCGACCCAGCACGCCGCAGCUUCCUAUUGGCGCAGUAGCUUUCGCAAGUUGUCGUCGCUGGCAUGGCCCAUGUCAAGCUUCUGAUGGUCAGUCAAAUUCUUUCGGCAAGGCGCAGUAUUGUCGUGCCCGCGGUGCCAUAAGCGCCGCUUAGCUUAAGUCAGCUGCACACUACAUCCGCUGUUGACAACCAAGAUGUCCGACAGAAUUCCGCCGAGCGAAACGCACAGGCACGUCAGCAUACGCCACGUACGAGUACGCUGGCAAACUAGCUACUCACGAUCGAGUGACUCGGUUCUCCACGCAUAUCGUCCCACUUGUCUCAGAUUCGGUGGGGCAAAAUGCCCGAUGCUUUGAACUGGCGUGCUUUUGCCUUGUUCAUAAAUGCCUCUGAGUUGUUUUGAUCGUGGCUUGAUUAUCGUUCAGCCGCGGGAAGCGUGUGUAUGUGAUGAAUUAUCAUGAAGCAAGUGGUAUCGGAAAGAGUGUACUAGAUAGUUUCAAAUUUUGAAAUAAUUUUAUGCCCUUUGCCGUCGUUUAAAAAAGAUUUAAUCAUUUCGAUGACCUGGCCGACUUGCCUAAUCUUACGUGGCCGAUACAGGAGAUGUUCUGCGAAGGGGUCUACAAGUUGAUAAUUUGGAAUCUGAUGGAGUUAUACUUCGAGCAGUCUCUACAUUGAUUUACGCAAUUUGCUGGCACGCGAUUGGCACUUUGCGAUACUCUGUAAUGCAUUUCAAGGCAUUCAAUGAUCUGAUGGUAUUACGUGAAGUACAAAUGUAGCCUGUCCUGAUUUCUGUAGCGUUAGAUAAUUUACUGGGACAGUAACAUGUUAUGUGGUAGCACGUUCCGCCCACCCGAGGCCGUUAUGGCGCAAAAAGUGUUUCUCUUGAUAAUGCUCAUUGUUUCCCAAAAUCUGUCCUAUUGAUUGCGUUAAGUGAAGCCCAGUUUUGAUUUCUAACCUGCCGCGUUUAGGUUUGAACAGCUGCCUGUCUAAUUGUGAGAUAAUCGGUAAUGCUUAAACUUCCAAAGGUUGAAAAGCUUCCUCCCCAGAUUCGUCGUCAAAGUUAUGAGGCCAAUGGUGCUCGGCCAAUUUAACGUCUUCUUGGCUAACGGCUGCAUCUGUGACAUUGAAGUCAGUUUGAUUUGUUUCCCUUUAGUUCUUCUCGAUGUGCCGCAGUCAUGCGAGGUCAUGGGCCCAAACACAAUAUGGGGGCGUCUAUCUGAGCCACUCGUCUGUAAUGACAGCGCUUUGUCAAUGCUACGUGGAUUGCAGUGCCCUAACGUCACUGACUUGACGUUGGUCAGCCACCAACGCUGCAUUCCUGCGGCAUACACAACUAACUGUGCCACUGGGGGCGCGGCAUCCACGUGCCUUCAGCUUCAGGCUCCGGUCCGCGCGCUGUAUUAAGCUCAAGCUCCGUCGCCUUUUUCUCCGCGCCGUGAAGCCAUGUUGCCGCCAGGGUUCGGCACCCUCCCUUACCGGUCACCCCAGAGAGGUCCCAGUGCCGGAGCCAACGGUCGUGGGUCGGCCAAUCGUGCCGCGCAGGCCAGCUUGAACCAGCUCGUAGUUGGUGUGCGUGUGUGGCUAUCUGACGGUGUGGCGUGGUAGCAGCCGACGCGUACGCUGUACAGGCGUGUGGACAACACGAGAACUGUAGUCCACGAGGUGCAUGACGCGUGUUAGCUGCGCUCGUCGCGAUUUUUCUUGUCUCGGCCGUAGCGUUCCGUGUUUCCAGCGCGCCCCGACUCAGCCGUGUGGACCGGAGAGCAGUCACGACACGGGAUGUCAGGGCGGAGGUGUCGAUCUAAGCUUGUCGUCUUGCUCUUCGUUUCUUCUCGAUGUGCUCCAGUCAUGUGCACCAGGCCGGUAGUUCAGAGUCUCGUGAGCUGCGGAGGGUCAAUACAACUAUGUACCAAA